AUGGCCUCCUCACUAGACUCAUUAACGACCGCUCUCCUCAACAACCCUGUGGUGUCGCCUCUUGGAGAUGCGCUCAAUUCUUUCAACGAACGCAGAGCAAAGCUUGGUCUGCCAAAUCCCGGUACUAUUGAGACCUUAUCAAAGGAGAUCCAGCGCGAUGUCUUCCUCAACAACUCCAUGUUCACCGGUCUCCGCGCCGAUCUUACCAAGAUCUUCAGCAUGAAUCCCCUGUUCCAGGUCUCCCACCAGUUUGCAAUGGGCGAGCGCAUCAACCCCUACACCUUUGCUGCUAUGUUCGGGACAAGCAAGGUAUUCUGCCAAGGCAACCUCGACAAUGAGGGCUCUUUGUCCGGUCGAUUCAACUGGCGCUGGUCCGACAAGUUUGUUUCCAAGUCACAGCUGCAACUUGCUCCCGGAGGCCAGGACAUGGCUCAGUUCGAACAUGAGUAUACUGGUGAUGAUUUCAGUGCCUCUCUCAAGAUGUUGAAUCCUUCUUACCUCGAGGGUGGUGUUACCGGAAUUUUCAUUGGAAGCUACCUGCAGUCCGUUACUCCCAAGCUCGCCCUUGGUUUGGAGGCCCUCUGGCAGCGCCCUGCUCUGACCCAAGGUCCCGAGUGCGCCGUUUCAUAUGCUGCCCGAUACAAGUCCAACGACUGGAUCGCCACUGCUCAACUCCAAGCUGCUAUGGGUACCCUGAGCACAUCCUUCUGGCGCAGACUGUCUGAUCGUGUCCAGGCCGGCGUUGAGAUGUCUCUCGGCCUUGUUCCUUCUCCUGGCGGUAUGAUGGGUGGCGGCAUUCAGAAGGAGGGUGUGACUACAAUUGGCGCCAAGUACGAUUUCCGCAUGUCUACUUUCCGUGCCCAGGUCGACUCUAAGGGCAAGCUAAGCUGCCUUUUGGAGAAGCGAGUUGCCCCUCCCGUCAUGAUGACCUUUGCCGCCGAUAUCGACCACUUCACGCAAACCGCCAAGCUUGGUCUCGGUGUCUCCAUUGAGGCUGCCCCUGAAGAGCUACAGGACCAGCAGGAGGCCGCAGGUGGUGCUCCCACCCCUCCCAACAUCCCCUUCUAA